UGAUUACUUCUCUACCCGAGCAGUGCACCAUCAGGGCUCACAGAGGAGGACCACACCUAAGCUGGGGUCAAUGCAGAACGGGGAUGCUAUGAGCCCACAGGACUCCAAGGCAGCAGGGGCUGAGGCCAUGGAGGAGAAGAAGGCUCAGAAUCAAGGGUGCACGGAGCCCACAGCACCUCCACUUCCUCCUCCUUCACCACCACCAACAGGACCACCAGAAUACCCAAGACCUAGGCUCAUCUUCCACACCCAGCUGGCUCAUGGGAGUCCCACAGGCCGCAUCCAUGGAUUCACCAACGUGAAGGAGCUGUAUGCUAAGAUUGCAGAAGUGUUCAACAUCUCCCCUUCAGAGAUAUUGUUCUGCACUCUCAAUUCUCAUAAAGUGGACAUGCAGAAGCUACUGGGGGGACAGAUUGGACUGGAAGACUUCAUCUUUGCUCAUGUCAGAGGAGAGACCAAGGAAGUGGAGGUGACAAAGACAGAAGACGCACUGGGCCUCACCAUCACAGACAAUGGAGCUGGAUAUGCUUUCAUUAAGAGGAUAAAAGAAGGCAGCACCAUAGACCGCCUGAAGACUAUAUGCAUUGGCGACCACAUUGAGGCCAUCAAUGACCAGAGCAUUGUAGGGUGUCGACACUACGAGGUGGCCAAGAUGCUAAAAGAGCAAUCAAGAGGCACGCCCUUCACUCUCCGCCUGGUUGGGCCCAAGAAGGCUUUUGACAUGAUCGGAAUGAGGACCAGAGCGACAAAAUCUAAUGAGGGCAAGAUAGUGAAUGGCCGGGAGACGCUGCGUCUUCGCUCCAAAGGCGCUGCCACAGUGCAGGAGGUGCAGAAUGAAUUUGAAGAACAGGCCACUAAGAAAGUGGACGACCUGCUGGAGAGCUACAUGGGCAUCAGAGAUGUGGAGCUGGCAACUACCAUUGUGGAAGCAGGCAAAGACAAGAAAAGCCCUGAUGACUUUGCAGAGGCCUUGGACACAGUUCUGGGAGAUUUUGCUUUCCCUGAUGUGUUUUUGUUCGACGUAUGGGGGGCUAUUGCAGAUGUAAAGAAUGGCAGAAUGUAAACAUUUACUGUACAGACAAAAGAAAAAAAGGAAUUCUGUUCAUUCAAAAAUGGUCUCUACAUUUUUGUCCUAACCAGCUACGUACAUGAGAGGGUCAGAAUAUUAGGAACAUAUAAUACAGUAUAAUC